AGAGAUGUUGUAGGCAUCAGCCCAAAGAUUGGUACGUGAUGUCACCGUCAUAUGGAAGUGCUUCUGUCGGCUACACAUACACGUCCGUGUAUGACGGUGGUGUCACUUACUGAAUCUAAGCAGUUUUAUUUCAGACCGCAGCAGAAAGCUCCGCAGCGCUUAAGCUUCAGAAAUGCUCAAAUUUACUCAAAAUCCUUGGGGAGAUGUAACAUUAGCUUGUGUGGAUGCUACUGCACUACUUGAUCAAUAAAAGAGCUAAGCUACUGAGAAGCCAGGAAGCGUCCAACUUCCAUGAGGGGGCAGUCACGCCGUCAGUGUCCGGGCUGCCCACACCUCCAGCAUUUCUGCCCCAGCAUUUGAGGAGCCCCUUGUGGGUCAUGAGCAGUGCCUGUAGCAGCUGGAGCCUGGGAGAGGGAGAGAAAACAGAGGGUAAGAGCGUGGCAAGGAGCUGGGACGUGCAGGUGGCAAUGGCGGCGGGCCGAUGCCCCUCCUCCACGGUGCUGGUGUUGGUCGGACAGCCUCCCAGGGCAGGUCCUCCGGUGUCUGGCCUCGUGGGUGCACCGCGACGUAUUCCUCUGCCAGUGCGUCCGCAGCCGUCAGAUCCACGGGGUGGUGGCACUUCACCCACUCACCUGCCUGGGUAGGGAGCCCCACCACUCGAACUGCUCCAAUAUUAUUUUAUCCCACAGCUGCUCCUCUUCAGUGGCUUCCCCCAGCUUCAGCCACCUUGUUGCCGCAUCAGUUAACUGCUGUGUGUAGACAUAAGGACGAUCGGCGGGCCCCAGCCUCAGGCCCCGUAACCAGCGGCGAUUAUCUUCACCGGAGAAUCCCAACCAAUACAGCACAGCCCUGUUGAUGUCAGAGAAGCUACACCGCACGGCGGCUGGGAGCCCGAGCACCACUGUCUGCGCUUUCCCUGAGAGCAACGCCAGCACUCGUACCGACCACUCCACCUCUGGCCAUCCACAUGCCACCACCGUUGCCUCAAACAUUUUGACAACAACAGGACAACAGGCUUGCUAGCAGCUGGGUCUGCUUUUCUGCCUGUUACAUUAUGUCGAGUUGCCGCCUAUUCACAGCUGCCUGCUCCCGGUGCAUCUGCGCUAUUUCGGCCAGCAUCUGGGCCAGUACUGCCACCGGCUGUAUCUGUUGCGGAUCUGUCAUGUUGUAGCAUGUUUGUGCUACUGUGAGUUCUCCUGGCUCCAAGACACAUGCUGAGACACUGCUUACAGGUAAUGUUUCUUUAGUACUGCUUUUGUUACACACACAAUGUUACACUUGGUAAUUGCUGUUCCUCUGGACCGCGCCUCGCUUGCCUGGCUCCGAUGCUGGUUCCAAGAGUACUGUUUAUGUUAGAGCCCCUGGAAUUUGGUAUAACAUCAAUCAAAUACUGUAUUUUUUACUGGAAGUAUGGAAACGUCCAUAUGUAUUUCCUUUGUGGGACUGCCUGGGGCCCCAGAACCAUCCAUGUUGCACUUUUUGGGUGAAGCCUGAGCUGUUAAAACAAAGUUCUGGUUGAAGAAACGCUGUUUGUUCCCUUCAAACUUAACUGUCCCACCAGUCACCACGAGCAGUGUAGUCUGCCCUUGGAUUGCUUGUUCGUGAACUGGCUGACAAUCCAGCGUGUGAACUUGGAACUUGCUCAAAGGCAGCGACUCAAAAAACUCGCAUCCUGUCCUGACACUGCAUUCCCAUUCCACACCAAGGUCACCUUGUCCAGCCCAGGUCUGAGAGGUUCCACUGCAGACAGUAGCAAAGCAGUUGUUAAAGGCGGAGCUGGAGGUUCCAUUCACACACCAGCUGAGCAGCCUGAGCCACAGCAGAGAGAAUCAUGCUGCAUGAGCAGAGCUGAGCUUCCCAGCAGGAUAUCAUAUUGGAUACUGGGAAACAGACUGGACUGAGUCUGCAACUCCACCUGCCCUGCAACCCUGUACUUCCCGCCAUAUCCCAGAUCACCUGACUCUCACACCUGUUCCCAUUCCCUCAUUACCCCUGCAGUAUAAAUACCAGCCCAUCUCCACUUAUUUCCCACCAGAUUGUUUAUUGUGCUUCCCUGCGUUAGCAGUCCAGACUUUUUUCGUGCCUGUUUGCUUGCCUGUUUUUUGGACCCCUGCCUACCUUUUUGGACUUUUUGCCUGUCUGUCCCCUAGCCUCAGCUCUUUUUUGUUUGCCACUGACUCUAAUUGCCUGCUUGUUGCAGACCCCAGCUUGCCACUCAGACUCAGACCUUUGGCUCUUCCCGCCAACCUGAUGUCCAUUAAUCAUCAUGAACCUGACCUCCAGCUCUGAUUCUAUCAACUUCCUUACCAACAGUUCUCCCAGUAUCAGAGACCAGCCUGAUACCACCAUCAUAGUUGAGCCUGCCAUCUUAGGUGGUUCUUACCAGGAGUUGGCCAUAUUAUCUGACAGUGUUAGUGGGUGGAAGCAGCAUAAUGUCAGUCAAGGAGGGAACUUCACUGAUUCACCAAUUAACAGGACAUUAAUGCUGCCAGCAGAGGACUUUGACCCAUUAGGAGGACAUACUAUCUGGCAGGUCAUCAUAAUUGUCUUCCUCACUGGAUCACUUUCUCUUGUCACUGUUGUUGGCAACAUCCUAGUGUUGGUGUCGUUCAAGAUCAAUAAGGCACUGAAGACAGUGAACAACUACUACCUACUUAGCCUAGCAUUUGCUGACCUCACCAUUGGCACACUGUCAAUGAACCUGUAUACCACCUACAUCAUCAUGGAUCAGUGGGCUCUGGGGCCAGUGGUCUGUGACUUGUGGCUUGCAAUAGACUACGUGGCCAGUAACGCCUCAGUCAUGAACCUUCUUGUCAUCAGCUUUGACAGGUAUUUCUCUGUGACCAGACCUUUGACCUACCGGGCCAAGCGUACAACUAAGCGGGCCAUGACCAUGAUUGGAUUAGCCUGGUCCAUCUCUUUCAUUCUCUGGGCCCCAGCCAUCCUGUUCUGGCAGUACAUUGUGGGUGAGCGGACAGUCCAGCCUAAUGAGUGCUACAUCCAGUUUCUGUCUGAGCCCAUCAUUACAUUCUGCACUGCUAUUGCUGCGUUCUAUUUGCCAGUAACUAUUAUGGCAAUCCUGUUUUGGAAGAUCUAUCAAGAGACAGAGAAGCGUGCUAAAGAUGUACAAGGUCUCAAGGGAUCUGGGUCAGGCAGUAGCCCAAGCCAGGCUCAAAAUCAAGGGAGUGGUAGUGAAAGAGCUGGUGGAGAAGGUGUGACUAACAGCCAGGGUUUGUCAGCCAUGCUGCGCCAAAUUAGCUCUAAAAGCUGCAGCACCUAUGAACUAAAUCAGCUGGCUUCAGAGAAGAACAACGAGGACAAUGUCAGCAUACCAGGAGGAAUGGGAAGCAGAGGAAGGUGUGGCGUGUUCUGCUUCCAGUUUUCAUCACUGCUGCCAGGUCGCCAUGCAUCCAAGAGGUCUGUCAACACCACAACAACUACUGUUGGUGAGACAGAGCAGAGCAGCAGUAACAGCUUUAACAACAAUGAAGUUGGUGUCUCUGGGGACCAGUCAGGUUCAGAGGAGGAAGCUGAUGGUGCAGACCCAUCAAGGCCUCCAACAGAUGGUAAGAAAUCUAGAAAGGUGAAGAAAAACAAGUGUAAGCAACCAUCGUCAUCCAACAAAAUUCGAAAAGGGUCACAAUCAAACCCUGUCACCUCAUCGCCCGCUGACCAAACACCUAUUGCCAUCACCAUGAAAGAUGCUGCGGUGGCCAAACGCUUUGCCUCUAAGGCCAAGACAGAGAUCAACAAGCGCAAGAAUGAAAAAAAGGCAAAUGAGAAGAAAGCAGCACGGACACUCAGCGCCAUCCUGUUUGCCUUCAUUAUGACAUGGUUACCAUACAACAUCAUGGUGUUGGUCAACACGUUCUGUCAGGACUGUAUUCCAGAAACUCUUUGGGCACUGGGCUACUGGUUGUGUUAUGUUAACAGCACAGUCAACCCAAUGUGCUAUGCCCUGUGUAACAAGACCUUUCGGACAACUUUCAGGGAUAUUUUGAUGUGCCAGUGGAAUCAAAGGAAGAACAAGCCUCAUUUUCAUCAGAGGAAGGCUGUGGCUUUCAGGAAAAAAGACCCAAUGUAGAGUACAGUAGCAAAUUGUUAGAUGGAUCUGUGUUUAAAGAUGCAUUUCCUGAUCUAUAUUCUGAGUUAGAAUGCCAUAUACAAACCUCAAAGAGUUCCCAGUAAAACACAUAGAAAGAAGAAGGCCAUAUUCAGACCAAAUCAGGCGUUGUAAUGAUUAGCUGCAGGGUUGCGGGGCGAUGUGGGGGUGUGGGCGUGUUUAUUAACGUAACCGUUGUGAAACAAUCAGAAAACAACGUUUUAUUUCUCUGAUUCACCGGCUUCUCGCUACCAGUACUCCCUCUCCUCAUUCACUCUCUAGCUCGCUCGGCCACCACUCCCUCUCUCUCUCUCUCUCUCUCUCGACGCUGGGUACAUGAAAUAAACCAAACAAGGACACAACUGGGUCUGAAUCUGCCCUAAUGCUUCUUAAACAUUUGAUAGCCAGUUUACUGUCUAUUGAAAUAUUGCUUUGCUAUAAAUGAUAACCUGGAUGUCAGCCAUGACAUCUGGUACACUUAGCAAAUUUAUUAAAACAGUUUUAGAGAGGUGUCCAUUCAUCUUUAUGGUCAUUUUGGAGAGUGUAGUUUCUGUUUCUGUUUAAUUGUAUUGUUUUAUUGUAUUAUUUUAAGAGGUGUUUCUAAUAUUAACCAAUGGGCAUUAGUUUUAGGUAUGUCUAUAACAUAAAAAUACUGUAAAUACACUCUUAUUCAAGAUCUCCAAUAUAGUUUAGUUUGGAAAUUUUAAAUUUUAAAAUCUGUCU